UGCCCAACCUCCUGUGGGCCUUAUUCCAUGGAAGUUGUAGAAUUUUGAGAUGAGUCUUGCCCCCCUCUCUCUUUGGUUUAAACCCUGCAGGGGAAUAUAGGAAAAACUUCUCCCUCUCCGCCACACACAUAAGCCCCAAACAUGAAGAAAAUGGCAACGACCUUCAUACUUCCAUGCAUUUUUCUCUUUUCUAUAUCAUCUUCUGGUUUCUCAUCAGCCAAAAUUACGCCUAGGUUCCCAUCCUCAAUUGUUAGGCCAGAGCAGCUCUCCGUUUCUUCCCAAACCGAGCUUUAUGAAGCCAAGUACUUCACCCAAUUACUGGAUCACUUCAAUUACCAGCCCCAGAGCUACCGGACCUUUCAGCAAAGGUAUUUGAUCAACGACAAGUAUUGGGGUGGUGCUGAUAAGCUAGCUCCAAUCUUCGUCUACACGGGUAACGAAGGAGAUAUCGAGUGGUUUGCGCAGAACACAGGCUUUAUGUUUGACACCGCUCCCCACUUCCAAGCCCUUCUGGUCUUCAUUGAGCAUAGGUUCUACGGGAAAUCGAUUCCCUUUGGUGGUGAUACAAAUGUAGCUUACAGCAAUGCAAGCACGCUCGGAUAUCUGAGUUCCACCCAGGCCCUGGCGGAUUAUGCCACUCUCAUCAUUGAUCUGAAGAAGAAUUUAUCUGCAACGAACUCUCCUGUAGUGGUGUUUGGAGGUUCCUAUGGAGGAAUGCUGGCAGCGUGGUUUAGGUUGAAGUACCCACAUGUUGCCAUUGGAGCACUCGCAUCUUCUGCUCCAAUCCUCAAUUUUGAGAAUAUUACUUCUCCCUAUACCUUCAACAACAUUAUUACCCAAGACUUCAGGAGCGAGAGUGAGAAUUGCUACAAGGUGAUUAAAGGAUCGUGGGAGCAGAUCGAGGAGACUGCGAUGAAAAAUGGAGGACUGGAGGUUCUCCGGAAGUCAUUCAGAAUAUGCAAGAACUAUAUUAGUGGCGGUGCUAUAGAGAAUUGGCUUUCUACUGCAUACGUCUACACGGCCAUGACGGAUUAUCCCACUCCUUCCAAUUUUCUAAGUCCCAUGCCAGCCUAUCCAGUCAAGCAGAUGUGCAAGGCGAUUGACGAUCCAGCCCAGGGGAAUGACACAUUUGCCAAGUUGUACGGUGCAGCCAACGUCUACUAUAACUACACUGGAACCGCCGCAUGUUUCGAUCUGGCCGAUGACUCUGACCCGCACGGCCUCGGCGAGUGGACUUGGCAGGCGUGCACAGAGAUGAUAAUGCCCGUAAAUGCAAACAAUGAGGAGAGCAUAUUUCCAGUUUCUACGUGGAACUACAGUAACCGAGCUGCUUUCUGCAAAUUUGCCUUUGACAUCGAGCCCAGGCCCAACUGGAUUACGACUGAGUUUGGUGGUCAUGACAUUAAGAGAGUUUUGAAACGGUUUGGAAGCAAUAUUAUCUUCUUCAAUGGCUUGAGAGAUCCUUGGAGUGGAGGAGGGGUGCUAGAGAGUAUUUCCAAGAGCAUAGUGGCUAUUGUUGCAAAAGACGGAGCUCACCACGUAGACCUAAGAUUUGCAACUAGUGAAGAUCCAGAAUGGCUUCAAGAUGUAAGGAAAAGAGAGGUGAAGAUCAUUACAAAGUGGUUCUCAGAAUACUACCAUGACUUAGCUCAUCACUUUUCCUAGAGUAUACCCUUGAACCAAUUCAAGGCCAGCUUAAGUUUUUAUUUUUCUUUUUUCCUUUUCUUCCCUCCAAAGCAAUCAUCUUAGUUAUUGAAGGUCACUUGGCUUAAGAUGAACAUGUCUAGGCCUUUCUCGCUUUUCAAAGUUCACUAUUUAGUGGUACCACCACCAAUAUUGUUUGAGCAUGAAUGCGCACGAGAUUUCAGACCUGGAAAUAAAUUUUUUCUUGUAUUAUUGCUGA